AAUCAUCGCGCAUCAGCAGGGCACGCGGAGGCUGCUGGGAAGAAGGACUGGCCGGCUGGUGUUGCUGACCCUCGAAAAAGCCGAAAACAUCUCGAAUCAUGUCUGUCACCGCCACCAGGAUAGCCAGGAGCCUCAGUGGGGCCCUGAACCGCGGCUUUUCCACCAGCCGAGCAGCAGCAGCGGGCAACCAGCUGACAGUGCGUGAUGCCCUCAACUCAGCGCUGGACGAGGAGAUGGAGCGCGAUGAGAACGUGUUCCUGAUGGGGGAGGAGGUGGCGCAGUACGACGGGGCCUACAAGGUGUCCCGGAACCUGUGGAAGAAGUACGGGGACAAGCGCGUUAUCGACACCCCCAUCACCGAGGCUGGGUUUGCUGGCAUUGCUGUUGGGGCUGCCUUGGGUGGACUGCGGCCAGUGUGUGAGUUCAUGACCUUCAACUUCUCCAUGCAAGCCAUCGACCAUGUCAUCAACUCUGCCUCCAAGACCUUCUACAUGUCUGCUGGCAUGCUCCACGUCCCCAUAGUGUUCCGUGGACCCAAUGGCGCGGCUGCCGGGGUGGGGGCGCAACACUCCCAGUGCUUCGGGGCGUGGUACUCACACUGCCCCGGCCUUAAGGUCGUGUCGCCCUAUUCCUCGGAGGAUGCCAAGGGUCUCCUGAAGGCUGCCAUCCGUGACCCUGAUCCAGUGGUGGUGCUGGAAAACGAGCUGCUCUACGGCACGGCCUUCCCUGUGGGGGACGAGGUGCUCUCCAAUGACUUUGUGCUGCCCAUUGGGAAGGCCAAGAUUGAGAGGGAAGGCCAGCAUGUUACACUGGUGGCCCACUCCCGCGCAGUCCAACUGUCCCUGGAUGCAGCGACAGCCCUGGCGGGGGAAGGCGUGGAGUGUGAAGUGAUUAACCUCCGCUCUUUGAGGCCCCUCGAUGAGCAGGCCAUUGUGCAGUCGGUGAUGAAGACGCGGAACCUGGUGACGGUGGAGCAGGGCUGGCCACAGUCUGGGGUGGGCUCGGAGAUCUGCGCCAGGCUGGUUGAGAGUCCUGCAUUCCACUACCUCGACUCCCCGGUGGUGCGUGUGACGGGGGUGGACGUGCCCAUGCCCUACACCAAGAGCCUUGAGAUCGCCUGCAUCCCCCAGCCACACGAUGUCGUCAAGGCCGUCAAGAAGGUACUCAAGCUGAUCAAGUAAAGGCCUGUUGGGGCGUGCGAGAGAGGGCCAGAGGGUUGGACAUCUUGGCGAGACACUGAGGAAGAUUAAGGGGAUAGCAAGAGGAAGAGAAGGAAGGAAGAAUAGCAAGAAAGUGGAAUGCAAAAUGAGGCACUGAGGAAGAGGAGGGUGUUCAGCAGUGAGAGUGAAGGGAGGAAUGGAAGCAAGAAUGGACUGAUGAAAGAAAAGAAAGAAGAGAGAGAAGGAAGGGAGAAAUAAAAGCAGGAAGGUGGAUUGAAGGAAGGAAGAAAAGGAAAAAGAAACAAAGGUGAAGUGAAGAAAAAAAGGAGGAAGAGGAAAUGAUCUGUGGCUAGCUACUUAGAAAUGGGGAAAGAAGAAAGAAGUAUGAGAAAGAAAAGGAAGACAUGGAGGAGGAGGAAGAGAAAAUGCAGUGUGGCUAGCUAUCAAGAAGGAAGAGGAAGACAGGAAGAAGAAGAGGGCCAGCUACUGAGUUAUGAGGAAAGAAGAAAAGAGGAAGAAAGGAGAGAAAAGGUGGUGGUAGUGGAAAAUAGAGAGGAAGAAAGAGGGACGUCUGGCUAGUUACACAGUAGUUAGAAAAGAAGAAAAAGGAGAUGGAGAGGAAAUAAAAGACUGCAGAAGAAAAUAGGGAGGAAGUAAAAGAGGGAAUGCUGUCUGGUUAGCUAGCAAGAAGUGAAGAAAGAAGAAAAACAAAGGUAGAAAGGAGAAUGGGAAGGAAAGAGAAGGUGAAUUGAAGCCUCUCUUAAUUCCAUUUCAAAUUUGUAUUGCUGUUCCAAAAUGCUUAUAAAAGAGAGAAAGAAAGAAAAGAAAAAAAUAUCUUAUGAAGUGAGAAAAAAAUCCUAUAAAUUAAGAAAGAAAGAAAGGAAGAAGAAAAGAAUUGAUCUUAUUAUGAAGUAAGAAACAAAAAGAAAGAAGAAAAAAUGAUCGAGUGAUGUGCCGACGUGUUUGCAACCUGAAGCUGUAAAAUGACAAUAAAAGGAUUUAGAGCGAGCCAAUCGGAAAGCUCGGAGCAGGAGAGAGAACCAAUCACAAGAAGGAAAAGGAAGCAGAGUGCCCUAAGCUGGUCCCCCUCGGCCCCUCUCACCUAAAACGAAAAUAAUUUGUCCAUUAACUCAAAGAAAAAAGAAAUGCAAGGAAAGAAAAGUAACAACAACAGAUAAGAAAAAGAUAAUUACUGUUAAAUCAUGAUUAUUAUUGUUUUUAUUAUAUAUUUAUUUAUUUAUUAUUAUCAUCAUCGCUGUUGCCAUUGUUGAUAUUGCCACUGUUGUUCCUGUCUGUCGCCAGUUAGGGGAAGGCAAGCCAUCACUUUCUCUGUACAUAGCAAGUCCUUUUUGUGGUGAAUAAUAUACAUAAAAAUACCAGAUUAUUUUUUACCAGUUAUUUUAGUUACCCUCCAAUCACCUACCAGUAACCACCCGCCCUCUGCCCACCACUCACCCACCAACCAAGUGUCAAGUAUCAAGACGCCUCUCCUUGCAAAACUGACCUUUCUUCUGGCCACUCAAUCUGUUUACUUUUGCAGGUGCAGGCAGCUAUUAUUGGUUUUUCUUUGUUUACCAUAAAAGAAGCAACAAGGAAAAAGACAAUCCACCCACUCUGUUCUCCUCUCUGAUUGGCCAAUGCUGAGAGGAAUGUAAAUGAGAAAAGAGGAAGGAGAGAUGCUGUUAUUACUAUUAUUAUUAUCACUGCAUUAUUAUUUUACUCUUAUUAUUGCACAAGUUCUGUUUUAUUCGAUUCUGGUUACUGCUUCAUAGGAUAUAACUUGUCUAUGUACAUAUUUGACUAUUUCUUUACUUAUCUUCAUCUUUCCACAUACUCGUAUCAUCUAAUUAAAAGUUCCUUUCAUUGGUAAUUGGAUCCAUGGUUCUUGCCAGUUGACAGAGCAAGAUUUGAAGAUGUGGGUAUAUGUAGUGAGGGAAAAGUGUAUAUAUGCAGCUCUGUGAUUCUGUAUUGUUAUCUUCGUGGUGGCUAGACAGACAAGGAAUAGUGUAUGUGUGUGUCUGUGCAUGUGUGUGUGUGUGUGUGUGUGUGGGUGUUUUAGGGCAGGGCAGGUACAGUUAAAUUUACCUGCCCAGCCCAAGUGCAUCCUUACAUGCAUACAUACAUACAUACAAGUAGCACUGUUGCAUUUUUGGUGUACAUAAUCAUUUUACUAUGCCAGUGUUGUAGCCGGCCCCAGGGUGACGAUAUUUGAGUGUAGCCGCCUGGAACCUGACUAUAUAUAUUUGAAUAAAGGCCGGGCUCCACUAGGUGACGUGAGCAGCCCGAAUAAGCUAAAAGA